AUGUUCUGUCCGCUGAAAUCGUCCACCGUCGACGUGUUCGACGACAUCGCUACUGACACCACUCACAAUCGUCCCGCAAUUCCGCUGGAAACGCUCGACCCCAACGUGCAGAGAUUAGUGCUCGCCUCGCUUUCACUCGAUUCUGUGUACGUUCUCUUUUUCGACUCGACAAUAUCCUCUCUCUCUUUUUCAGCUUUGUGCUCUCGUUGGUCUCCAACAAAUUGACCAAAUGCUACAGGACGCUCGAGUUGGAGCCGCCGCUUAUGAAAAUGAAGUUUGUGAAAGAGACGGUCACGAUCGAAAUGGAGGGACACGAGCGAGAGAUGGCCACGUGGAGCGUGUUGUCGAGCGACAGAAAGAAGGACGGCGCUUUGGUUUCUAAGCUCAAGUGCAGCAAUGACAUCGAGUUGCUCGUCUGGUCAGUUUGCCUGGACUUUGGGAACCACUUGCAACAUUCUGAUCGGCGCCGAACUUUCCAGAAUUGUUGGACUUGGAUUGAGCGCCAUUGGGACCAAUGGCCCUCAAUCCAUGUGCAGCGUAAUUGACACCUUUAGGAGGGACAACAACUCGAGUUUCCUGUGCUAUCAUCCGAACGCGCACUUGGCCGUAAACGGUCUCACUGCGUACUUGCUCCAACUGUUCCGUUCGCCACUCUUUCACACGUUGCAAAUCGAGGAGGGCGUCUUCAAAAACACGCCCGUCAUCAGGUUCUUUGAGAAUUUUCCGUUCCGCGCGGCCGACCAUCUCAUCAUUCGCGAAGAGUCGGUGAAUUCCGACGACGUGCGCUUCUUUCUGCGCAAUUUCCACGCCAACAAGUCGCUUCUCAUCGUGGCCGAGGUGAAGGAAAUUAAGAUGUUUAAUGUAAGCUCACGCGAGACUCGCCGACAAACUCUCCAAAAAUGCCCACAUUUUGAAGCGUCUUCACUGCGAUUUCGUCGCUUUCAACGCGAACGCGUUGACCGAAAAGAAAGAGGAUUUGUGGCGGAUCGACGCGAAAUUCAUUCGAUGCCUCGAUCCGUGCAUGACGACCGCGGACGUCGUGAAUAUGGUGAAGGGCUGGAUCAAGAGCCGCAACACCCACUUUGAAAUGUUCGUUUUCAACAUCGCCUCGCUCAUUCCGAAAAGCGCAAUGUUCUACGAUGUCGACGACGUUUCGCUGCAAUUGAGGGAGGGCGGAUGGCACACGACGGGGCCCGAAAAGUGGAAUCCGAAAAGGAGGGACCGCGAUUUCAUUGUGGAUUGGAGGUAUCAUCAUUUCACCGCUGCUGCCCCCCUGAGAAUAGCCCGCGAAGUUCAAAUGGGGCCCCGUCCGUUCAGCGCUCAAUUCUUGCAAGUAGCGCGCGCAGUUUUCGCAACGCUGCCGCACACAUUGUUCUGAAUACCGAAUUCUUGAAAAUUAAAGCAGAAAAUUAUUUUUUUGUUGUCAAAACCUAUUCUGUUGACGUGUUGCAUCUUCUUUUCAGAAAAAAAAACACUAAAAACCGACAACGAACGUUUUUUUGCUUGUUUUUUCACUGUCGAACUGAAGAGCAAAAUGCGUGCGGCACCGUUGCGAAAACUGCGCGCGCUACUUGCAAGAAUUGAACGCUGAAGGGGCGGAGCCCCAUUUGAACUUCGCGGGCUUUUAUAUGAGCACGUGCUGCAAUCACUACCACUCAAUUUCUCGCAAACUUUGCUCGAAAACCGGCAAAACGUACGUUUGCAGAGAGUACACGGGAGAGAUGUGGAGCAUCGACUGCUCGGCGGGCGUCGAUUUUGUGCGCGCCUCCGACGGUCUUCUGGCCACUCAGGCAAAUCGUUUGUAAUCUAGCUAGGAGAUUUCGUAAUCUAAACCGAGUUCCGAAUCUAGCUAGGUGAAAACGGAAUCUAAAGUAAACCUAGCUAGAUUUGACUGCAAAAACGAAGGCGCGAUCUCGGAUCGCGCCAGCAGACAUAAUUGCUAAUCUAAUUAGAAAAAAUCCGAAUCUAAAGUCAACCUAAUUAGAUUGACGGAAAUUUGAACAUAAUGUGGGAAACCACACCGUUUUCGGUCGAUUUCGAACGUUUCUUUGAGCUGUUAUACUGUUAUUUUUACAUUUUUGUGCAGAAAUGUGUCUGUUUCAGACGGCAAUCAUGCCACGUGUGAAAAUAACAACUCGAUCGGUUCUCCGCACGUGCAUGAGUCAACCGACAGAAUCUCGUGCAGAAACAUCGCACGAAAACAUUAAUUCUCCGAUUGAUUCCUCAUGUUCAUCCGACACUUCGUCCCAACGUUCCGAUUCGGGCACUGAUGCAGAAGAAGAUUACCAAGCAGAAUUCGAAGAAGACUGCUACACGGAAGGAAAAAAUAAGGCGAUUUUGGAGGAUACGAUGAAAUACGACGAGAGAAGUUUGUAGUUUUUUGAAAGUUUUUUAUUAACGAAAUGAAACUGCGUGUUUUUCAGUGGCAUCGUGGGCAAAACUGAGUGAUGAAGACUUGAGUCGAAUGUACUUUCUGCUGUCGACUACCCAAUCAAAAAGAGGUUUUUACUUCGAUUUCGGAAUGACCGGACUAUUUUUUUUCAGCGAUUUCGAGAUAUUUCGACUGUACAGAAGUAGCUAAUGAGAUGAACAUGAAGAAACUGUUGUUCGAAAACACUAGACUGACGCGAGUCGAUGCGUGUGUGGUGUGUGCGAACGACGUCAUGAAAUGCGGCUGUUCGAACGGUGUCACUCCAUGCGAGCUGGUAUUCUGCGAUAUUACAUCGUUGAUUUCGCAGUUCAUGGACGUAUUCGGCCAAAAAAUCAUGAAUACGCAUGCAAAGAUAAAAGAAAAAAUUCCGACAAGUUCGCCUCUGAGCCACGGCAAAUUAAACGAACGAUUUCUCGAUUGUUUUAAUGCAUCCGAAAUUAAAUUGAAUUUCAUUGUCGGAUUCGAUGGAAUUAGAUUGCAAAACAAAUCACGGUAGGGUUUCUUGCAAAUGUGUACUGUGUCCAACUGCUAAUUUUACAGAAUGAAGUGCUGGCCGUCAACAAUUGCAUCACUUGAUAUGGAGGAUCGCGAUAGAGCUUCCACAAAGGCGGUACUGACUGUUGCCAUGUUCAUGAGUGCUUCUGAGCCAUCAUCCGCCGUACAUGACAGAGUAAUGCGUUGGCUGCACAAUGAAUUAGAACUGUGCACUGUCUGGAACGGGUUCAUAGUCAGAGGGAAUAUUGUGACAGGCGCGUUUGACGACCCAGUCAGUUUGAAAACCCAAAUUUCCUCCUCAUAUUAGCGAAUUUGCAGGCUCGACGAAAGGUUUUUGGCCUCAAAGGUCACUCGUCCAAAGGAUCUUGUGCCUUUUGCCUGAACCAAAGUACCAGAUGCAAAAGAAAUGAUGGAAAUGUAUUGAGUAUGCGAUUUUUUUGUUAAUGAAUAGCUGCUAAUCACUCCUUAUUUGCAGUGCGAUCAGAGGCAACGAUUCCGAGACACUUGGAAGAUGGACUUCGCGAGAGGGGUAAAAACACGUAUUUCCACGAAAUCUGCCCAAUGUACGAGUGUCCACUGGACUUCUUCCACGUAUUUUCCGAAGGUGUCUUUGAAAAAAUUACCAGUGGUAACUGAGAUAUGUUGCAAUCUAGGUAAUAUGACUGAUUUUCAGAAAUCUUCGGGCAUUCGAAGUACGAAAUUUUCAAAAAUUGUGAUAUCGACAGAACUGUUGCUGCAAAUCUUCCGUCUCGAUUUAGACAGCUUUCCGGCCGGCACAAAGAAAUUACUGGAUCCGAAAGAACUCAUGUACCACAGUUUCUACGAUAGUCUAUAUAUCUAUAUUACUCAUUACAUUUCAGCUAUUCGAGUCGGUUUUAUUGUAUUCUGCGUUCACCGGCAAGUUACCGCCAAUUGCAGCAGCGAUCAUCAUUGCUUUUCACGGUCUUUAUCGCCUAAAUGUUGACCCAAUCUCAUCUCUUCAAUGGGAUCUUCCAGAAAAGGUUUGCCUGCGAAACGCUUUCUCCUUGAAAUACAGUAUUGAAGGUGGAGAAAGUCGCCACUGCCAUCAGGCCGCUUGUUGAGAAGUUUGCUCCGCAACUCUUGCACGGUUCAAAAGUGCACGUAAGUUAAAUAUAAGUCUUUUUCAAAUGUCUCUGAUGGAUAAUUACAGCAAAUUCUAUACCAUAUGGCCGACUCGUGCCGAAUUUACGGCAGUCUUCAGAUGGUGGGAACUCAAAUGCAUGAACACGCGUACCAUGUCAUCAAGAGGAAUUUAGCUCCGGAAAUUACAAAUGGAGUUUCGUCGACAAUUCUGAGAAAGUAAGACAACGUGAUUUUCUAUUCAAAAACCGUGCCAUUGACGUUUUCAGCGUAUCACUUUUGCAAGAACUGGCCUCUGAAUUGUGCCGAAGACUCACCGAGAAUCCCGAUCUUACAGAAAGUAGCGUUCACGCCCGAAAACUGAGCGGUUUGCUAUCUCUGGACAGUCCAGGACCACGUUCGGUUCGCACGAACGUGAUUCCCGUGCAGUUUGAAAUUUUUUCUCGCCGGGGCGACUUCUACGCUCCAACGGUAUUCCACAACGGAAUACGUUACAGCUCAGAGAGAAGAGGAAGAGCCGAUGACACACGAAUCAUGUUCAACCUGAGAGGUACGGUACAGUAUGGAACCGUCAAAGGAUUCCUCUUGAAUACAUCGAGAUCAACUCGAAUAAUCGUCGUUCCUUUCCUUCUUUCGGACGGACACUUCGAAAUAUUGGCGCAAGGACUGGUUGAUGCUGGUGUUUCCAAACCGGAAGUUCAGAACAUUGUGAAUGCUUUAGCUUCAACUUCCUACGGUGCUGUGUGCUCUGGAUACGGAAAGACUCUCUGCAUCCCAUUGAAAGCUUUAAUUGGGCAUGCUUUGUACCUUAAUAACAAGCCAUGUGCCGUUGUUCUACCCUUUGCAUUCCGUAUUUUCCUUUCCUGAACUAAUGUUUGUCGCUUUGUAUUGUGUUGCAUCCUGUUAUCAUUGAGUUACUAUCGCAUGUGCAUAUCUCUGAGGUAUUUGCUUCCUCUGUUCCUAAUGCUCAUUCAGAUGUCAAUCCUGUCGAAUGUCAUGAAACAGAUGGACUUCGCGGAAUCGAAGCGUGUAAAGAAAAGGGGCAGUCCCCUAACUCCCCUGACAUUCAGAAGAGACCCUCUCAAAAAAGUGACUAUUCUGAUCUUAGUUUUCAUAAGCGAUCAUCUUUUUUUCCAGUUUCGCAUGGAAGAUGGAGAAGAAAUUCAUGAAGAGCCGAUGCACGACGAAAUACAUCAGCCUAACGCUGACCAAUUCAAUUUGGUUGAGGAAACGUAUGGAAAGGAGGAUGGGGAGGACGAGGAUGAAGUUCUCGAUGUGGUAAACAACGAAACGGAAAAAACUUUCGCUCCGGUACGUGAACAUGUCGGCGUUCCGGUACGUGAAUAUGUCGACGUUCAGCUCUCGCUCUGCCCGUUUAUUAUUGGUGAGGAAUCGUUGCGAACGCCUCCGGAGCAAAUGGGCUCUUUUAAGGUAAGCUUGUUCGGUGAAUUAACAAUUAAAACUCUCGCCACACUACAGAAGUAUGUUAGCGAUGCGUCCAUCGCCCGGCUCGACUUCGAUUUCACGAACGUCGACAAAAUGAUUGAUAAAGGAAGUUCGGAAGUGAAAGCGAUUGCUCUUGGAAUGCGAGGACUGAUGCAAAUAGCAUGUUCUGUUAGAAGCAUGCAACUAAAUCUUUUCUUACAGAUGAUGAUUGAGAGAGAGCGGCAAACUCCGAAAAAACCGAGUCUACCGUCGUCCGAACUGAUCACCACUCUCGAUCCGACGAAAUUUCUCUCUAUUCAGCGUGUCGUGGUCCAAACUCUUGACAAAUCCGGUAGAUUUUUCUCCGCAUAUCGAGAACAAUGGUUCAUUGCAGGAGAAAUUGAUGUCAACGAAACUCUGGCGAAGCUUUCCGUACAACGCGGUACCCUGCGUAACGUCGUUCAUCUGGUUGGAAACCAUUGGAUUAAUGAGGUUUGUGUGCAAUCCAUGCAACGUUUUCAAAUUCCAUAUUGUUCAGAUUAUGCAGGACCACGAACGAUCUAAGUGGUCAGUCUCACUGAAACCGCAGGAACCGAACAAGACAAUUCCGGCGGAAAUGCUAAACGCUCCAGCCGGUCAGUUGUACAAAAUCAGAGACCGUUAUACUUUAUUGUUUUCAGGCCUGCUCGCCAAAGUUCUGAAGGUGAAAAACGCCGAUGAACAGACGAUCGGCCAAAAUAUUGCGAUUCUCUUCAAACUGCAUCUCGCAAACAUUUUGUAUGUUUCCCGGAGCCCGUAUAACACGGACUUUUCUGCUUUCAGCAACCACAGCCGUUCGACGAGCAAGAAAGAAUUGAAGAGAGCGAGAGGAGUGUAA